AUGGAGCCAAUUUGGUUUAAGGAAGUUUUAGCCGAUGAAAUUAUUAAAAACGACGACAUAAUAAAUGAAAUGCAAAGUAUUGUCACAGAUAUUGUGUCUGGUCACAUUGAUAUCACCAGAAUUGUUGAGAACAUGGCUGGAGUGCUGACUCAUAAAGAUUCUGAAAACAGAGAAAAGGGAAUGCGAUUUUUCACAAAUUUGCUUAAAAAAAUUCCUCAAGACUUUUUAACAGUAACACAAAUAAAUUUCAUAUCAAAGUUUUACAUAGAUCGUCUAAAAGAUAACCACAGAGUAAUACCAGCAGUUUUAGAUGGUUAUUUGACAAUAGUUGGUAUGAAACAUUUUAACAUAAGUCUUUGUGGUGAAUACUUCUCAGUCUUGUUUAGAGAGAUUGCCUGCCAGUCACAGCUAAGACAAGACAGACUUAAUAUUUACCUGACUAUGCAAAUCACCAUGGAUAAAGAUAUGGAGUAUAUGAAAAGCUUGGGGCCUGACUUUGUUUUUGGUUUAAUAUCAUCCAUGGACGGAGAAAGAGAUCCAAGAAAUUUAUUAUUUCUCUUUAAUUUUCUACCAAAGUUCCUAGCGAACAUUCCUCUUGGACAUUUAGUUGAUGAAAUGUUUGAAGUGAUAUCAUGUUAUUAUCCAAUUGAUUUCCAUCCGUCUCCUGAUGACCCAGCUGCUGUCUCUCGAGACGAUUUGGCCUUAGCACUUUGCCCUUGUCUAUGUGGAGUUCAGGAGUUUGGAGAACAGUGCCUUGUACUGUUAAUAGAAAAGUUAGAUUCCAGUUUAAGAGUAGCAAAGUUAGACUCAUUGAGAUUACUGGCAGAGAGCUGUAAAAAAUUUAAACCAGAAACCUAUAUACCAUUUCUAAAAGCACUUUGGUCAUCACUAUAUAGAGAAAUUUCUCAUAAGACUGAUGAAGAGCUUAAAUUGGCUGCUCAUGAAGCUUUAUCAGCACUUAUUGCUAACAUGGCAGCUUCUUAUAACACAGAUCAAUCAUUUGAGAAUUUUGUUAAAGGUAUCAUUAUAUCAAUGCAAACAUCUCUGGCUGAAUCAACAACUGUGGCUCAAUUUGUAGAAACAUCACGAGUUCUGCUCUCCACAGCUAACAGUUCAAAGGAAUCAUGUUUUAUUGUAACAAAAACAAUGAUUCCAGCAAUUAUAUCAUAUUAUGAAUUUAAAACAUCAGCAAAACUGCAAGUAGCAAGUUUAGAAUUCCUAGGAGACCUAUAUGAUCUUGCAAAAUGUUGGGAUGUUGUAGGCGACAUUGAUAAACAAGCAAAUGAAAUAAUACCGCUUUGCCUAACUGCUGUAAGUGAGCCAACAAAAGAACAUCAAAUGGCAGGUUUUAAAGCUCUUAUCAGAACCAUAGAUGUUUUGAAACCAGAUUUAGUGUUGCCCUUUGUAGAAAUAUUAAUUCAUAUUGUUCAACAUUCAGAUGACCAUGAUAUCCUUCUUGUUAGUGUGGAAACAACCAAUGCAAUUGCAAGAAAAUAUCCAGAGCUUAUCAUGGAUUUGGUUGUAAAAGGAAAAUGUAAUAUCGAGGAAAUGGUAGAUAAUAAAAGCAUCUUACAAAAACGCCUUAAUUUGCUUUCUAAUCUGGCAAGUAUAGAUGAUUUUACGAGAGUAAUUGUUGAGGAGAUGUUGAAAAUAAUUACUGUAGAUGAUAAAAAUGCAUACAAUGUUGUUAAAGCAUUAAAUGGAUCAAUUUCUAACACAAGUUUAUAUACAGAAGAAAAGGUUACACAAAUUGAAAGUGAUCAUGGAUUAAUAGAUUCCAUACUUACUUGGUUAUUGAAGGAAAUCAAAUCAGGGUCAAAAGAAUCCUUAGUGCAUGGAUAUACAUUAAUAUCAAAUACAAUGUGCAGCUUGCCAAGUGAGAAGCAAAAGGCUGUGUUGGAGCGCCAUAGUUCAAAAAUCAUGGAAAAAUGCCAAAAUGAAGCUGUUUAUUAUCCACUAUUGGAGUGCUUGUACCGAUCAUUACACCAAAAUGUGUAUGAUUCAAGUUAUCUGCAUAUAUUAAAUCUAUCAUUAAAAAUCGCUAUUAAUAAUGAUAAUGAAUUUAUUAAGACUAGAGCUUGUUGCUUAGUAGCCCAUUUUUUGAAUAAAGCUGAAUUUGGUCAAACAUUUGAAUUGUUAUAUGAAUCUUUGAAGAGUUAUCUGUCAUCAUGCAGUAAAGAUGAAAAUAUUUGUUUGUCGUUGAUACAAUUAUUUGGAUGGAUAGCAAAGGCUUUAAUAUUGAGAGGAAGUGAUUUGUUUAUGUUUUGGCUUCAAAAGAUACUAAUAACACUAUCAAAUCCCGAGUGCUGCCAGCAAGGAGCCGAAGCGAUUCGCCUUAUUGUCAGUGAUCAACCAGACUGUCUAAACGCUAGACACCAUUGUCGGACAAGUUUACUUUACAGACAGAGAAUAUUCCAAUCUUUCGCUAAUUUAUCAGAGAAAUUUGAUCCAAUCAGCGAAACUAAGGAGACAUAUCUGCUGUGUUGGGCUUAUGUAUUGGAGAAGGCUCCUAAGAGUGUCCUAAAUAAUGAAGUUGGCAAAAUUUUGCCAUUAGUUGUGGAUAGCUUAGACUCUGAUAAUAAAGACCUACUUGUGGUGAUGAUCGAUGUUCUAAUAUACUUUGUACAAGCGAAAAACAUUCUUGUGGCACAAAGUUUUCAAACUAUUUUGCCACGAUUGGUAAAAUUAUCCGAGUAUGUGAAGUCUAUGGAUGUACGAAUAAAGAGCCUUCAAUGCCUCCAUGAAAUAGCGAAUUCGUACAAAACAGCUCUAUUGUUGCCUUAUAAAACCGAUUUGCUAUUUGAUUUAGCGCCAUCUCUUGACGACAAAAAACGUCUUGUUCGCAAUAUGGCAGUGCGUGCCCGUACCAGGUGGUAUCUAGUUGGGGCCCCCGGCGAAGAGAAAGAUGAAUAA